UGUUGCUGUUCAGGGUGUGGAGGUGUUAAUAGGAGAUGUCAGUAUCAGUUUAUUAGAAACAGACUCAGUAAUGUGAAGAUAAGAGGGGCAAAUGCCUCAGUUGGGCUCUGGUUCCUAACAGGCAGAACCAGAUCUGAAAGAAGAAAGGAGUGCAGCGAGGAAAGGAUAGGGACAGGGUUAGUAUGUGCUAAGUUUGCCAUGAAGUGGAAAUUUGUUAGGAGAUGAAGCUUGAAGUGUAUUCAAGUUAGUCUAAAGCUGAAAUGAGGUAGAAGGGAAUCAUGGCAGUUCUCUUAAAUGAGUUGAUUAAGUCAAAAUAAGAUGUUAACUGUUUCUGAAACAUAUGAAGAGAAGUCUCAGUAAGCAGUUCAGGUGGUUUCUAGAGCAUUUCCCCCCAAUUUUAGAAUGUGUACUCCAAUUGUAUGUUUAUCUUAUACAGAAGUGAAACAACAUGGCUACUGUCAUGUCUGAGUAUUCAAUAUAUUUUUUAAUAAAUAAAUAUGCACCAACAUUUUAAAGAACUAUGAUUCUGAGGAGCCUUCAGAAUGCAAUGGCUCAGCAGUCCCCUUUUGAUCAAUAAAUACUCCAGUGGAGGCAUUUACAAGUAUACAUUAUAGUUCUAAUAUUUUCUCCCCUCCUCUUAAAGAUUGGAGCAUCUCACUUUGAAGACCACAGUUCUAGAAGGCUGUUCAAACAAGUCAGAAUUCAAGGGAGGAUGUAAAGAAGCCCACGAGUAGUGUGGCUUUGGAAAUUGACAGUGACAAAAAUAGGGUUCACCUGCGAUGCUAUAGGCGGGGAUUCUUCUGCAAGGAGUAUGAUUGUUCUAGAUCAUCUCCGUACCGAGGAUUCCUUCAGUUUCCUCACUUCUUGGGGCUUUGUGUGGCAAGUUUGAAACAAGGUAUUAGAAAGAGAUGAUGCAGACAAAAUAGGGAAAAGAUGCGGUGUGGGGGAGGGGAUGCGGACAGCCCAACACUGGCAGUGACUGCCACGUUGAGAGGUGCUGAUUUUGAAAACAGACAAGAGGUGGCCCCCAUCCCCCUACUGCAGCUGCAGUCAGUACCUGCCUACUGCAGUGCCUUCAGGUGCUGUUACUGGACUGUUUUUACUCUCACAGGCUCUACUUUUUCCUAUCAUGCUUCUUCAUGUUCUAGGUCUACGUAAAUGGCAUUCUGCCCUUUUAGUGACUGCAAAGGAAUCGCCGCGGAGCAGGGUAAACGGCCUUUGAUUGCUAAGGCGGAGUCUAAGCAACCCUUCACCCUAGCGGGCAAAGUGUUUAAGGGCAAGCACCUGGGGGCAAACACCUGGGCGCGGGCGGUGGCCAGCGCAGCCGGGCGGCACAGACGGAGGCUCCCGGGGCCAGUGGCGCGCGGGGGCGUUGCGUUUCCCCCGCGCGAGCCCUUUAAGGCGGCGGCGCGGCGGAAGCGCGUGGCAGCGCGUGGCCGCACUGGGCGCCCUCGGCCGAGCUGCGUGGCCAUGGACUUGGGCGCCGACGAGUUCGAGCAGAGCCUCCCGCUGCUGCAGGAGCUCGUCCUGGGCGCAGACUUCCUGGGUCUGGAUAUAGAAUUCACAGGCCUUCGUUCUAACCUGUCCAGGCCCCAGCAGAUCAGUCUUUUUGACUUGCCGUCAGAGUGGUAUCUAAAGACUCGUCAGAGUGUUCAGCAAUUCACAAUCUGUCAGAUAGGAUUGUCAGCGUUCUCCAGUAUUGAAGGAGAGUCAAGCAAGUAUGUAGCCCAUUCGUGUAACUUCUUUCUCUUCCCUACAACGUUUGGGAUUUUGGAUUCAGAGUUCUCUUUCCAGGCUUCCAGCAUUCAGUUUUUGAAUCGGUAUGGCUUCGACUAUAACAAGUUUCUCAAAAAAGGAAUCCCAUAUAUGAACGAAGAACAGGAGAAGACAAUAAAACACAGCAUCCUAACUGGGAACUGGAGAGUUCGCAGUUCUCUGCACAAAGACCAGAUCAAGGCGGUGAUCAACGAGGUGACGCGCUGGCUGGACCUGGCUGAGGAAGGCGACUGGAUGACCCUCCCUGAUAUUGCUGGCUUCCAAGCCUUCGAGGUCCAGCUUGUGCUGAGGAAGGCCCUCCCCGACAUCUGGACGAUGCUGAGAGAACACGGGGUGAUAGUGAAGAAAGUGAGUAAACAGCAUCGCUGGUAUCUUGAGAACACCUCUUGUGAUCGAGAGAGCUGUUGGAAGGAGAAGACUCUCCUCUCUGCAAGGGGUUUCUCUGUGUUUUUCCAGAUGCUGGUGAAAGCCCAGAAGCCCUUAGUGGGACAUAAUAUGAUGAUGGAUCUGCUGCAUCUCCACGAGAAGUUCUUCAGGCCUCUCCCAGAAAGCUACGAUGAAUUCAAGCUGAACAUCCACAAUCUAUUUCCUAUUCUUAUCGACACCAAGAAUGUGACAAAGGACAUCUGGAAGGAACUGAAUUUCCCAAGGGUUUCAAGUCUUUCAGAGCUUCACGACAUCCUGAACAGUGACUUGAAUCCCACGAAGGAUUCUGGGCCAGUGAUUAUUCACGCAAGCAAAUGUGAGAAAUACGUUGAGACAAAGUACCCCCAUGAAGCAGCGUACGAUGCCUUCCUCUGCGGAUCAGUUUUCUUGAGGGUGGCACACCUGCUUCUCUGGAGAGUGCACGGCUCUGUGCCCAUGCCUGAGCCCUCCUUCCCUCUCUACCUCGAUGUGCUGGCGCCCUAUGUGAACCAGGUGAAUCUUAUCCGAGCCGGGGUCCCCAAGAUCAAUUUUUCUGGUCCAGAUUAUCCCAGCAUCCGACCUCCCAUCCUCAUCCUGAGUGUCAGGAGCUGGCGUGGGGUCAGCGAGCAGCAAGUCUACCGCGAGUUUCAGAAUCUCUGCAAAUUCGACGUCAGGAGACUGACACGGAGCCAGUUCCUGCUCCUGACCAACAAGUUUAAGGAUGCUCGGAGCGUCCUGAAGGAGUACAGGGGCCACCCGACCCUGCGCGUCUCCCUGUACCGGUACUGGAGACACUCCCCGAACAUCAACUGCUUGUUACAAGUCUGUGGCGUGGUCACUACCUGGGCCCUUGUCGCCUUUCUCCUUGGAAGACCUCACUCCUGAGUACAGCAAGGCUGCCUGCAGCCCUGUCCCGUCUCCGCACGUCCCGGGGCGGCCGUCCUGGGUUUUGUUCAUUUAAAUCCUACCCUGCUUGCAGGUGGAUCUGCAUGGAUGAGAAACUUUGUUACAUUUUCUGAUGUGAAAUUCUGUAAAAACUAUCAAUGGUAAA